AUGCUGCUCGUACUCCUGCUGGCAGCCUUUUCUUCCUCCAUCUCCGGCUCCCUCUCCUCCUCCCCCUCGGACGGACCCCAGAUGGCGGACCCGUCCGCCUCGGACUUGAUGGCCGAGACCUGCAGCGCCUGCUCCUGCAUGUCCGUGGAGAACGUGCUGUACGUCAACUGCGAGAAGGUCACCGUCUACCGGCCCACGCAGCUCAUCCCGCCGGCCUCGUCCCUGUACCACCUGAACUUCCAGAACAACUUCUUGAUCAUCCUCUACCCAAACUCAUUCCUCAACUUCACCCACGCUGUGUCGCUGCAGCUGGGGAACAAUAAACUGCAGAACAUCGAGGGUGGAGCGUUCAUGGGUAUGAGCGCGUUGAAACAGCUGCACCUGAACAACAACGAGUUGAAGGUGCUGCGAGCGGACACUUUCCAAGGGAUAGAAAACUUGGAAUACCUUCAGGCUGACUACAACUUGAUAAAAUACAUUGAAAAGGGAGCGUUUAACAAACUGCACAGGCUUAAAGUGCUCAUCCUGAACGAUAAUCUCAUACAGGCACUUCCUGACAACAUAUUUCGCUUUGCCUCGCUCACACACCUGGAUAUAAGGGGGAACAGAAUCCAGAAGAUUCCCUAUUUGGGGGUUCUGGAGCACAUUGGUCGUAUAGUAGAGCUGCAGCUAGAUGACAAUCCCUGGAACUGUACAUGUGAUUUAGCGCCUCUCAAGGCAUGGCUUGAAAACAUGCCCUAUAACAUUUUUAUCGGCGAGGCCAUAUGUGAAACACCAAGUGACUUGUACGGGCGGCUUCUGAAAGAAACCAACAAACAGGAGCUUUGUCCCAUGGGCACAGGAAGUGACUUUGAUGUUAGGAUGCCUCCGCCCGAUAAUGGGCAGUCGCCCUCUAAAAUGUCCCCAACCUCUGUGGCUCCACUAGUCACGAAAACGCCAAAAAACACUGACUCAUCCAAGAUUUACGGUAAUGGCAUUGUGGCUGGUUUACCCCCUUUUGGAAGAAAUAGCCAGAUUAUAUCUGUUCAGACACGGCCCCCUCCGAUGUUGUGCCCACAGCCCUGCAGCUGUAAAGCCCACCCUUCUGACUUUGGCAUCAGCGUCAGCUGUCAGGAGAGGAAUAUACAAAAUUUAGCUGAUCUCCUUCCCAAACCCCCAAAUGCCAAGAAGCUUCACAUGAGUGGAAAUUACAUCCGUGACAUAAGCCCGGUUGAUUUCCAAGGGUUCGAGGGCUUAGAUUUGCUUCAUCUAGGCAGCAAUCAAAUUGUCACAGUCCAGAAAGGUGUGUUUUCGAACCUCACUAAUCUGAGGAGACUGUAUCUGAAUGGAAACCAGCUUGAGCAGUUACACCCAGAGAUGUUUUUGGGCCUCACAAACUUACAAUACCUAUAUUUGGAAUACAAUGCCAUAAAAGAAAUCUUAGCGGGUACAUUUGACUCCAUGCCGAACCUCCAACUCCUGUAUCUGAACAACAACGUCCUGCGGAGUCUGCCUGCUUACACAUUUGCGGGUGUCUCUUUAGCCAGACUCAAUCUGAAAAACAACCACUUCAUGACCCUACCAGUGAGUGGGGUCUUGGACCAGCUGCGAUCAUUAACCCAGAUAGACCUGGAAGGGAACCCCUGGGAGUGUUCCUGCGAUCUUGUCGCCCUCAAACUCUGGCUAGAGAAGCUCAGUGAUGGAGUAGCUGCCAAAGAGGUAAAAUGUGCUUCCCCGGUGCAGUUUUCCAACAUUGAGCUGCGCCUCUUAAAAAAUGAGAUCCUGUGUCCCAAGCUGGUGGCAAGACCGCCGUUUAUUCUCACCGCCGCCACCCCGGUUUUGACCACAGUGCUGCCCACCGGAGUUGGCAAAGCACCACCAGGAGGGCCCGUGCCCCUCUCCAUCAUGAUCCUCAGCAUUCUCGUCGUGCUCAUCUUCACUGUGUUCGUGGCCUUCUGCCUUCUAGUCUUUGUCCUGAGGCGGAAUAAAAAACCGGUGGGCAGGCAGGAGGUGCUCGGGAAUCAGGAGUGCGGCUCCAUGUCGUUGCAGCUCCGCAGACACAGUCACAAAUCUGGCAAAAAGGGCUCCAUCCCGGGGGACGACCUGGGAGGCGAGACGUUCAUCCCGCAGACCAUUGAGCACAUCGGCAAGAGCCACACUUGCGGCAUCGGACGCUCCUCGGACAUGGACGCCGGGUUCAAGUUCGCGGACUCACAGAGGCAGAAGAUCAUCCUCCGGAACAGCGCCGACAAGGACAAGGACUCGCUCUCCACCCUGGAGCGCAACAAACGUCUCAGCACCAUCGAUGAGCUGGAGGAGUUUCUCCCCCACCGAGAGCCCAGCAUGUUCAUCCAGAACUUCCUGGACAGCAAGAGAGAUUUCAACAGUAUAGGGAUGGGCGGCUACGAGAUCCGCUACCCGGAGAAAACGCUGGAUAAAAAGAUGAAGAAGUCGUCGCUGAUAGGCGGGAACCACAGUAAGAUCGUGGUGGAGCAGAGGAAAAGUGAGUAUUACGAACUGAGGGCCAAGCUCCAAGGAACGCCUGAUUACCUGCAGGUGCUCGAGGAGCAGACUGCGCUGAGUAAAAUGUAG